UUUACAAACACCUAGUGGUCAGUAACACAAGUGCACGCGGUCUCACCGCGCGCCCACAUCCUUAUCUCCUCAAAUUUCAAAGUUCUUUUUCCAAAUUCUAUCAAAGUUUGUUUUUUAAAUAAUCUAAUUUGUGUUUUUAAGCAGUGAAACAUUUUUGUCGGUCUUCUCGAGAUAAUCUGUGCAAGAUGGGGUUUACAGAAACGUAUAAUUACUACUACUAUGAUCAAGCAGACACUCGAAUAAAAGGAUGGUUUCUGAUGGACAGUCCGUGGCCUAUGAUACUAAUAACAUUAAGUUACGUAUGUUUUGUGUUCCAAUUUGGUCCACGUUUUAUGAAAAAUAGACCUGCGUACGAUUUAAAGACGUUCAUUAGGUUCUUCAAUAUUUUUCAAAUUGUCGCAAAUGCAUAUCUAGUCAAAGAAAUUUUUGCAGUCUACUCAGACGCAGUUGCCUUUCGAUGUUUGCCAAUCGACUAUUCUGACGAUCCUGGAGCAAUGCGGAUGGUCAAGAUGACAUAUUUCCUCACAUUGCUCAAAGUAAUAGACCUCAUCGAAACAGGGAUGUUCGUACUCAGGAAAAAGUACAAUCAAAUUUCAUUUUUGCACGUCUAUCAUCACAUCACUACUGCCUUUGUAGCUUGGAUAUCUACAAGAUAUAUUGCUGGAGGAAUGGCAGUUUUCUAUCCAGCAAUGAAUUGCUCAGUUCAUGUAAUAAUGUACACAUACUAUCUUCUCAGCACGACAGAUAGUGUUAAAGAAUUAGUCAUUCCCUUGAAACGAUACGUCACGAUAAUACAAAUGGUCCAGUUUCUUAUCUUGAUAUUCCAUGCUUUGAUAGCUGCUCUGCCUAGUUGUCCCGUUCCCAAAGUACCGGCGUAUUUGAUGAUUAUGGACGUUUUGUUAAACCUCAACUUAUUUUACAACUUUUAUAAGAAAGCUUACAUGCAACCUAAAAAGAAACUAGAAUGAUUUUUUAAAUAAAUUGUAAAUAUUUAGUAUUAAAA